AUGCGAGUUCCAGAUCAGUGGCACUGUGAUGUGCAAGCGGGAGCGCCUCUGCGACUGGAUCAGUUGCUGCAACUGGCGGAGAUGAAGCAGGUGAAGGCUGUUUCUCUUACCCAUUCCAGCGCCGUGAAGGUGACUUUCGUCGGCGACAAAGGCGAUGACGCCCGGCCAGCGGCGAGUGGAGCUGCCGGUGGCGUUCAACCUGCCGCGGUUCAAUGCGUCUCUCCUUACGGCCACCGGGGCCUCCAGGACCCCAACGCCGGAGUCCCUUUGGUGGUCCAUCCACAGUACCCUGCUGGGCAACUGCCGCCAUCGUAUUAUGGUCAGCCACCGCCGCCAUCGUAUUAUAGUCAGCCACCGCCACAACUGCCAGCUCCUCCUACACUGCAACAGCCGCGCCCAACGCUGCAACCGCCGGCGCUGCUGCAACCGCAGCUACGGCCGCCACAACCAUACUAUGGCCAGCCACCUGGCCCGCCACCAAUGGUACCGCUGGCGGGUGGACGACCUCCACGGGGUUAUCAACGCCGCAAGUCCUGCUGUAUCCUUUGA